AUGGCGCUAUCCCUCGCAUCUGGCCCCCGCGACCAGGCACUCUGGCACAAGACUCUCGGCACCUUAAUCGACGAACAAGCACAAACCUACGGUGACCGGCUGGCCGUUGUGUUCCCACAACAAAAUGUGCAAAGAACAUACAACCAACUGGCCGAGCGCAGUCACCGUAUCGCGAAUGCGCUCUACCAGUCGGGCUUGCAGCCGGGCGAUGGCAUUGGCGUUCUUGCGGGGAAUUGCUACCAGUACAUCGAGAUAUUCCUCGCGGGCGGUUAUGCGGGUUGUUCUGUUGUCGUGCUGAAUAACACAUACUCGCCAGAGGAGCUGCAGAGGGCUAUUAGUAUUUCCAAGUGUAAAAUGCUAUGUAUCGCGCCGUCAAUCGGGAAAAAGUCAUUAGAAGAGCACGUCAAACUUGUCCGCGACAGCGAAAACCAAGUCAAAGAAAUAGUUCUUCUUUCAGGGUCUUUCCUAUCUGGCACGUCAACGAGGGUAUCAUCGUACAGUUCGUUUGUGGACCGGGGUUCUGUACCUGGAAACCAGGCUUUGGCGCGACAGAGACAGACAGCUAUUAAACCGGACGACCUGCUUAAUUUGCAAUUUACCUCUGGAACGACUGGAUCGCCGAAAGCCGCGAUGUUGACGCAUGUAAACCUGAUUAACAACGGCCGCUUUGUCGGCGACAAAAUGUUGCUCACCCCGGACGACGUGGUGUGCUGCCCGCCACCGCUAUUCCACUGCUUCGGCCUCGUGAUGGGCUUUCUCGGUGCGUUCACACACGGCAGCGCGAUAGUAUUUCCAUCCGAGCAGUUCGACGCAGACCUCGUACUCGACGCCGUAGCGAUAUAUAAAUGCACCGCGCUCCUGGGUGUACCGACUAUGUUCGUUGCCGAACUCGAAGCAAACCGCAGGAAAAACAUCAGUAUCACGACUGUCCGCACCGGCCUUGCCGCAGGCUCGCCUGUGCCUAUGGUCAUCAUGAAGCAGCUUGAGGAGGAGAUGAAUAUACGCAGCAUGCUGAUUGCAUAUGGCAUGACCGAGACCAGCCCCGUCACGUUCUUGACAGCUGUGGAAGACCCGCUUGAGCGGCGGCUGAAGACUGUCGGCAAGGUCAUGCCGCAUACAAGCGCGAAGAUAAUUGAUACCGACGGCAGAAUUGUACCGAUCGGCGUGCGGGGCGAGAUCUGCACGAGUGGAUAUGCCUUGCAGAAGGGGUAUUGGGAGAAUGAAGAGAAGACGAGGGAGGUCAUGAAGCGCGAUGAAAAUGGGAUUUUGUGGAUGUAUACGGGUGAUGAAGGUGUUAUUGAUUCGGAGGGCUACUGCACUAUUACGGGGAGGAUCAAGGAUAUUAUCAUCAGGGGAGGCGAGAACAUCUUCCCAGUCGAGAUCGAAGAGCGUCUCCUCGCGCACACCCGCGUCAGCGAAGCCUGCGUCGUCGCCGUGCCGGACGAGAAGUAUGGCGAGGUGGUUGGCUGCUUUCUACGACAUGAUCCAUUAUCAAGGCAAAGACCGCCCAACGCCGAAAUCAGAAGCUGGGCCAAACAGACCAUGGGCAGCCACAAGGCGCCGCAAUAUGUCUGGUGGGUGGGCGAUGUGGGUGUUGGUGAGGAUUUUCCCAAGACGGGCAGUGGGAAGUAUCAGAAGCAUAUUCUGCGAGAUGUUGCUAGGAAAUUGAUAAAGAGCGUAGGGGGCGUUAGGGCGAAAUUGUAG